AUGGCGGCGGCCGGGGCGGCUGAGGUGGCGCAGGCCUUGAGCCGGCCUCUGAGCUGCCUGCAGGAGCCCGACUGCGGCCGGGCGGCGCGGCUGCGGGCGCUGGAGGCCAUCCGGGCCGAGGUGCAGGAGCGGCCGCUCUCGGGCGCCGUGGUGCAGGAGGUUUUCGGGGCGCAGCUGGUGCGGCCGCUGGCGCGCUGCCUGGCGGGGGACGCGGCGGAGCGGUGCCGGGAGCUCGCCCUCCAGCUCCUCUGCCACGGGCUCAGCCACGGCGACCGACCCGGCGAGGCGCUGCCCGUCCUCCUGCCGGCCCUGGCCCAGCGCCUCUGCCCGCCGCAGGGCUUUGAGCCCAGCGAGGAGUUGCGCCUCGGCCUCGUCCAGCUCCUGAGCCUCCUGCUGCAGCGCUGCGGGGCCUCCGUGGCCCCCUACCUCAGCGACGUUAUCCGCAUCCUCCAGGCCACCCUCCUCGACCACUAUGCCGAGGUCAGGCGUGAAAGUUGCAGGUGCGCCGUGGCCUGCGCCCAGGCCAUGCCAGAGCACUUCCAUAUGCAGUCAGAAUCUCUGAUAAAACCCUUAAUGCAAACGAUUUCGCACCAGCACUACAGAGUUCGUGUUGAUGUAAUUCAGGCUACUGGAGCAGUGAUACAGUUUGGAAAUGGAAAGUCAGUGGAUGAUGUUCUGUCUCAUCUGGCCCAGAGAUUAUUUGAUGAGAUUCCCAAGGUUCGGCACGCUGUAACAACUGUCAUUGGAGAAUGGUUGUUGCACCUACGAGAUAGAUAUUCGUAUUUUCACAAGCUGAUCCCUUUGUUACUUGGCAGCUUUACUGAUGAAAUUCCUGAGAAUACGAAACUGGCUUGGACUUACUGGGAAAAGAUAGGCUUGCAGUGGGAGAAAGAGAAUGAAGAAGAUCUGAAGGAUAAGAUGGAUUUUAGUGUUUCACCAUCUCAUUAUCCCCAAGGAGUGACUCGACCAGGACUGGGUUGUCGGGAACUUGUGUCAAGAAACCUCUCCAAAAUUCUUCCGGGUCUCUGUCAUGAUAUAACAGACUGGGUUGAAAGCACAAGAAUAAAAGCAUCCCAGCUUCUGUAUACAUUAUUGUUACAUGCAGAGGAUCACAUAACUCAACACAUGGAGUUACUGCUUAGAACUUUGUACCAAGCAUGCUUGGACGAAGAAAGCGAUGUGGUUAAAAAUUGUGUGAAAGCAGCAGAAUUGAUUGGAACGUUUGUCAGCCCUAAGGUGUCUUUGAGAUUAAUCACAUCAGCCUUUGGGAAGACACCUAAGCCAUCUUGUAUAAUGGUUCUAACUGCAGUGAUUCGAGGUAGCCCAAAAGAAAUCUUACAGCCUCAUUUGACCGAUCUCGGCAACACACUGUCACAAGCUGGAGUUUGUCAACGAUCUGAAGAGGUCUUUUAUAUGGAACAGUUGCUUUAUUGUGUACAAGCACUGAUUGAAGUAUGCCAGGAAGACUGCAAAGAAAUUAGCUUGCAGCUAAUGAAAGUUUUGGUGACAAUAAUGGCAAUACCAUGUUCUCAGCACCUUAAAGAAAAGGUAGAGGAAACAAUGUCUUCCUUAGCUGAAGUGCAGCAAUUGGAUAGUUUUUUUUAUCUCUACAAACAGCAUAUAAUUCAGCUUAUGGAAUGGGUUUCAGUAUCAUGUGAUUGUUGGACAUGCUAUUCUCCAGAAAUAUUACAGUUAGAUGUCAUCGCAACUCAUUCAGGUCCUGUCAUAGGUGAAGCUCUAAAUAACUUUAUUCUCAUUCUUAAGACGUGUCUUCAGCCAAACAAAGAUCCCCAGAUGCGGUUAAAACUUUUCACUGUUUUAUCACAGUUGCUCCAGAAAGCAAAUGAAACUGUCAAUUCUCAGGGGCUGUUCCCUAGCUACCUUGAGACUGUGAUAAAAGACAUACUGGCUCCUAAUCUGCAGUGGCAUGCUGGAAGAACAGCAGCUGCCAUCCGCACUACAGCUGUAUCAUGCCUUUGGGCUCUUAUUCACUGUGAAAUGCUUUCACCAAAAGAGAUGUUAGAAGUCAAAGAUGGGCUAAUGCCCCAAAUUAUUGCCGCCAUGGAUGAAGAUUCUAAAAUUACUCGACUGUUGGCUUGUCGUAUUGUUGGUGUUUUUUUAAAAGUCUGUGGGAGGCAGUUUGAUGAAGAUAAAUUUACUAACACUUACACAGAAGUUUUAAAGCGUCUGGAUGAUGCUUCAUGUGAUGUACGACUGGCAGCUGCUCACACCUUAACUAAUUGGUUUAAAUGCUUAAAGGACAGUGAUGUGAAAUCUGCAAUGGAAAGUCACAUUGAGUUUCUGUACCAAGAACUGUUGAUACAUCUCGAUGAUCCAGAUCAAAAUAUCCAAAAUGCAGUCCUAGAAGUUUUAAAAGAAGGAAGCAUUUUAUAUCCAGAACUGCUCAUGAGAGAAAUUGAAGGGGUUGUACAUAAGCAUCAAACGCCAGUCUAUUGUAAUCAACUACUACAUCACAUUCAGUCAGCCAAAGAAUCAGCUUUAUGAAUCAAUGCUGAAAUUCUUUUUAGUGAACUGCAUGUGAAAUCUGUAUGACCUUGAUUACUUUCAUAUUUUCAUUUGCUUAAGAAAGGGUGAGCAAUAAAUAGAUUGUUUUUUCUUUGUAAGUUAGUUUUUAAAUGAACUAACAGUGAUUAGUUCAUUUAAAAGUCAAAUUUGUAUAAUUCUAUGUUCUUUGCCGUUUGAACAGUUCUUUGUAUUUGCUAGCAAUAAAACAGUGUUUUAAUUCACUUUGCAUUGGAAGUUUUUCAUAUACAAGGUUUAAAGGAGGAAUGUUUUUCAGGAAUUUGGCACUAUUUAUAAUUGAGAAAGAUAAUUUAUUUAACAAAGUAAUAGUCUAAUGUCAAAGUUAUUAAUGGAAUUCAGCGAGGACUCAGUCUUUCAAGGAGCAUUUCAAACUCUGGAUAAUAUUCAGACUUUGCAGAGUCAGGUCUGUGAGGAUCAGUUUUAUCAGGGAAAAAAAACAGCCAAACUUCUCUUGCAUAAUGCAGCAAAUUUUUAUAAUGUUUUGAGUACUCGUACUUACUAUGCUGGUAUAAUAGGGACAUAUUCUGAGUAGGUGUCACUAAAGGAAUAGUUUCUAUUGUCAUUGUAUUAACAUUUCAUGACUGAGAAUAAAGCUAACCUUUUUUAAUUAAGCUUUAUACAAGGGAGAAAAUGUGCUGUUUUGUCAUUUAGACUAACAGUAUUUAUAUUUUUGUAUUAAAUAUAUCGCAUCUGCAGGUUUUAUGUUUAUACCCUUGUGGCUUGGAAAGCAAGCAACAUUUGUUUGCAUAUUACUUUGAAAUGAGACUCUGCAACAUUAGAUAAAAGCUUGAUUUAUUUUUUUAAAAGACCUUUGUAGUGUAUAAGUUUUAGUGUUGUCUUACAUUCUCAGCUAUGUAAUAAAGUAAG